AAAAUAUAAAUAAUGGAAAUAUUAAGUAUUUGAGUGUUGUUGCCAAUUGAAGUAAGGUAUAACAGUGUCAUACUAAAGAUAAAAACAGCCACACGAAAUCUCGUCAUUUCGCAUACAGAAUGGAAUUGGUGAAGAAUUCGAACAAUUAUGAGGAGAUGCACAUCAUUGGAACAGGUGCUUAUGGCAUGGUGUACAAGGCCCGAGAUAAGACCUCGAACAAAAUGGUAGCUUUAAAGAAAGUCAAAGUUCCUCUUACUGAUGAUGGAAUCCCCUUGAAUACACUCAGAGAGAUCGCUUUGCUUAAGCAACUCGAUGUGCAUGAGCAUCCAAACAUUGUCCGUCUCCUGGAUAUUUGCCAUGGCCAGAGAUUAGAGAAAGAAUUAAUAAUGUUUUUAGUGUUCGAACACUUGGAGUAUGAUUUAUCUAUGUACUUGGAGAAGAGGUCCAUGAGAAAUUUUCUGGAGAAGGAAAUUAGGCAAAUGUCGAAGGAGAUUCUCUGUGGUGUGGAGUUUUUGCACAGCCACCGGAUUAUACACAGGGAUUUGAAACCACAGAACAUACUUGUUACAACUGAAGGAAGAAUUAAAUUAGCAGACUUUGGUCUAGCUAAAACAUACGAUUUUGAUAUGAGGCUCACCAAAGUUGUUGUCACCCUCUGGUACAGAGCACCUGAAGUUCUUCUUGAGUUAAGCUAUGCCACUCCAGUAGACAUCUGGUCAGUUGGAUGUAUAAUUGCUGAAUUGUAUUCAUUAAAGCCAUUAUUUAGUGGGAACUCCGAAGUAGAUCAAUUAAACAGAAUUUUUAGAGUGCUAGGGAAACCUUUGCAAAGUGAAUGGCCCAAAGAAAACAUGUCAAUAAGAUAUGAUUCAUUUGAAAUUCUUGAUAAAGUCGAUUUGAAAGAUGUUGUACCGAAUUUGAGCGAAAACGGUUACAAUCUGAUUAUGAGCAUGCUGACUUUUGACCCCAUGAAACGGAAUUGUGCCUUCAAAGCUUUACAACACGAUUAUUUCACUGAAGAGCCACUAAACUGUUAGUUCAAACUAUUAUUACUAUAUUAUUCCUUUUGUAUACAGUUUUUGUAUUAAAUUAUUAUGAAACAAA